AUGUGUGCGAUAUUAAUCAUGCGUUUCAGGCUUGGAAUACAAAAAAUGGGGACGAAAUUGCUGAUAAUAGGUGUGUGCACGUUGAGCGCAUUUAUAGUUGGUGUAUCACUGAUAAUGAGUAUAAAACUGGUAAAUGAUAUGAACGAGUUGUACAGCGGUAUUAUGAGUGAAAUGCAAGAGUUCAACGCGAUUGCGAACGAUGCCUGGAAUGAUAUGAUUGCUAUGGAGAUCAGUGCAGCUGCACCAAACAAAGCGCAACACCUUCAGUCAAUGUUCACACGUCACAAAAGACAAAAGAACGCCAUCUGUAACUGCAGUCCAUCGCCGGUCAAAUGCCCACCAGGUCCACCAGGUCCACCGGGUGAUCCGGGAAUGAACGGUGAGGAUGGACCACCUGGGAUGCCCGGUAAACCUGGGCCCGAUGGAAUAAGAUUUGGAUCUUCUGAUGUUGGGAGAAGUGGAUGCAUUCAAUGUCCACCUGGACCACCUGGACCUCCGGGACCAAAUGGACCACCUGGUCCGCCUGGAAGAAGCGGUUCGGAUGGAGAACCAGGCAGACCAGGCAUGGAUGGUCCUCCGGGAUUGACAGGACCACCUGGUGAACCAGGGCCAAUGGGCCAACCAGGUAUGCCUGGACCACCCGGACCUCCAGGUAGAGAUGGACAACGAGGACGAGGUCUCCCCGGUCCUAAAGGGCCGCCUGGUCCGCCUGGUGCACCCGGACGUCCUGGUAGAAAUGGAUUCGAUGGAGCACCUGGUGCGCCUGGACCACAAGGUCCACCUGGAAGCGCAGGGAGGCAAGGGCCACCAGGCAUGGAAGGCCUCCCCGGCGAACAAGGAGAGCCCGGUCUUCCAGGCACCGAUGCUGCUUACUGUCCUUGUCCACCUCGCACUGGUAACCUUAUUGGCGCACCACCUGGUCAAACGGCUAACGUCGUGUCCUCUCCACAGUACCAACAAACGGGGGGUUAUCAUCGCCGUGUUCUGACAAAGAUGAGGAAGCAUUAUGCGAGAUCAUAA